AAACCUUCAUCCAAGAUAGCAACCGAUUUUACCGGUAUGUAAUCACUUCUGCGGUUGCGUUAGUUACGUCGUCAAAGCAAGGGAGCGUGGUACGAUGUCUGUUCGACUAAUAUUCUUACUCCCACUUUGCCAACUGUCAGCAGAUGCUGUCUUGGUUUUCACACCAGCUCCAUCAUUUUCAUCUACUGGAUUUAUCAAAAACUCAGCUGCAUUCACAACAUUUACUUGUGCAUCUCAGGAAACUGAUGGCAGCUUUCCUACUACAUCAACUAUUAAAGUAGAGUUUGUAUUGCCUGAUGGUAGUGUAUUACCUUUGGGAAUGAGUGGAAAUGGAAAAUAUUUAGUUGCCAACAACUACCUGUCAAUCAUAAGAACAAAUACUGCUACUUUGGUUACUACAAAUCCAGUAGCACUAGAUACAGGAAACUACAAGUGCAUAGCAUCAACAACACCACCUACAACUAAUAUCACUGCUAUUGCCAGACUGGAAGUAAAAGCUGCGCCUAAAGUUGAAUCGUUUUGCAAUGCUGGAGGUAAAAUUUAUGUGUGUACUGGAAUGAAUCAAAUAUCUAACUGCUCAGCAUCUGGUCUACCAUACCCUGAUGUUAUGAUAAGUGGACCGCACUCAUCUGUCUUGUCACCAAACAUUUCUAGAAUCACGUUGAAUCCUGUGAUACAAAAUGAUUGUGGGAUAUACAAGUGCAAUGCUACUAAUAGACACAAAACAGUUAGUGAAAUGUGUACAGUUGACAUUGGAGCCCCCACCUGCUGCCAAGCUUUCUGUGAUACCAGCUAAUGGUCUUGUCCAAGAGAAUGAUGACUUAAUUUUGACUUGUUCUACUACUGGUCUUCCAUCUCCCAAUAUUUUUUGGUUUGAGAAUGGAAUUGAACAAAGAGAUUGGAUGAACAUGAAAACUGUCGCAUUGAAAGCAGUUGUGAGACACAAUGGAACAUUUCAGUGUGUAGUCAACAACA